AAAACCGAAUUCAUCAACUUUUCUCCACCCAUAACAAUGGAACGCUUCACUUUGAAGCAUUCCCCUUUCAUAAUUUCUCUCCAUCUUCUUCUGUUCUCUCUCUUCAUCUUCAAUCUCUCGGUCCCUGCUGCAGCAGAAAGUUGUGCAGAUGUAGAUUGUGGGCAAGGAACAUGUAAAGAUUCCAAUUCCUCAGGGCUCGGUUUUGAAUGUGACUGUAACACCGGCUGGAAGAAGAUUCAGAUUGGUCCCUUGACCUUCCCUUCUUGUGUUCUUCCUAACUGUUCAGUAGACCUUCACUGUAACAAUGCUUCUUCACCAACUCCAUCUCUGCCUCAAUUAAACGCUUGUCUUCUUGUAUGGUGUGGAAAAGGAAAUUGUGUUGCCAAUGGAACUGGAUACGCAUGCCAGUGCAACCAGGGAGCCUCUAAUUUGUUCAACAACCCAGCCUGGGCCUGUUUUGACGACUGCUCAUUUGGGGGAGAUUGUUUUGCCCUUGGGUUGGGCCUAUCGCCACCACCUCCAAAGAACUCGGGAUCCCCAGGGGAAGUUGGAGCUCCUCCGGCAAGAAAUCUUCGAGCACUAACCAUGAUGCUGUUAGCCAUAACUAUUAUGGCAUGGUUUUAGAGAUUUUGAUUAUGAUUAUGACAAAAUUUUAUUAGAACUUUUGCUUAUAAUUAAGGAUUAAUGAUCCCUCAUCCUUAUAUAAACCAAUAAUGUUUGAGAUUAGCUCAGUGGCCUCGUAUAUUUAUGUCCAGUAAAAAAGUAUUACUCAAUACCUCACAACCAAAUUAAUGAAUGUGUCUGAAUAUAUAAAUACAUAUGGAAAAUGUGAAAAAUUUUCAAUGAA